UGUUAAUGGUCAAAUUUUGUUAUUGUGUAAACGUUAUUGUAUAAAACAUAUGUAUACACACAUAAUCUAUUAUGUAUACAAAUAUUUAGAAAUCGCGAGUUUAAAACUAAUUAUUAUGAUAUUAAAGUGAAAUUACUUAAGCGGUGAAGGAAAGGGUUAGUAUACGGGGAUAUGUGUCCUGUAAUUUGCUGACCCCUAUAUGAAAAUAUGCGAUUUUUCCGCAUAAAUGAGCGUGAAAUCGAUGAUAAAUGUCAUCAAGAACCAUCAGCUCUAAGAAGAAUACUCUAUGAACAAUAUGGUUGCCGAAUCUGUAAGAAAACAGCGCUACAUUUAUAUCGCACCAACAUCGCCAGCCGAGAUGAUUGACUCUAGCAGUUACACUAUUGCGUUCAGCGAUAGAAAAUUUUUGCAAGUGGGCCUGAAUCCAAAAGAGGACUUCAAUGUUACGGUAUGCAUUAUUACUUCUUCACGAUAUCUUAGUAUUUCAGCAGAAUAUUUAAAUAUUAUUUACGGCAUGAUGGAUGUAAUAACAUCAUUUCUACAAUCACCGCCGGUAAAAGUAAGGAACAUUGUGUUAUAUCAAAAUGUCGAUUUUAAUAUAACCAAAGUAUUGUACCGUGAUACCAUGCAUUUAGUAUUAGAAUCCAGGAUGGUCGAUGGGUGUCGAGUGUUAUUGAAUAACGAAAACAUUAAUAGACUUAUGGACUUACAGUGCACUAUUAUUAGUGCAAUAUCAAGAAAAAUAAAAACACGUUUACUAUUACGUCAUCAAAUAGACCGCAUCAUACAAUACGCCGACGGUAAAUGGUCGGGCCCUAAAAUUCAACAAUCAAACAAUGAUGAAAUGGUUAAUUUUAUAAGAAGUUUGAAUGACGAAGAAAUAUGCGAUACUAUUCCUAAAGGUGACAGUAAUUACAUAAGCGAGCUGAAGAAUUUAGCAUACAAUGAAAUAGUCGAACGAUGGGUCAAGUCGUGGUCCGAAGACAUGCUUCAAAUUAACGAAAAAGAAGAAGAAAUGUGCGAUGAAAACGAUGGUCCAACAUUUUUCAAUACAACAGUGUUCACUCAAGAAAAUAGUUAUAGUCCAUGGGCUUCAUAAUGGUUGAAACCCAAUCACGUCAGAAAAUUAACCUACAUUUUUAUAAACAAUAACUUUAUAUAUUGUACUAGUAGUUUCUUAUAAUAAACUUAUAAUCUAAA